CAAAGAGUGCUGGUGUGCGAGGAUAUAAGGCAAAAACUGGACUACACAGCUCGGCAGUGUCAGACUUCUGUGCGUAAAAGCGCACCUGGAUCUCACGCUCUGGAUCUCAGAUUCAGUAUGAACUCCUUGAAUUUCUGCGGGACGUCCAGCGGUGGAGUUGGUGGUGGUGGUGUGUACCCCCUCCACGGUGUUAACUCCAUGCUGUUCGACCUGCACCACCAGAUGGCGGAGCAGUACCAUGUUUACUCUGCAGCCAGCCCCACAGUGCACACUCUCUCUGUGGCUGAGAGACUGGCAGAGCUCAUCCUGGAGGCUCGGUAUGGCAACCAGCAGAAGCAGCGCCGCAGCCGCACAGCGUUCACAGUGUCGCAGCUGCAGGCUCUGGAGAAAGCCUUCCAGCAGACUCAGUACCCAGAUGUCGGCAUGAGAGAGAGGCUGGCUGUCUGCAUCAACCUGCCCGAGGCUCGCAUUCAGGUGUGGUUCAAGAACAGGAGGGCAAAGUUUCGCAAAGGUCAGAGGUGCUCCCCGCUCUCCAGAGACCAGAGUCUGGAGGAGGCACCACAUCACAGCACAGUGGGACAGGAGGAAGUCAGGACAGAAGACAAACAGGACAUCACUACAUCACACACUGACAGAAACCUCCCUCCUCCUCACUGCUGUCCUCCCCCUCCUCCUCCUCCUCCUUCUCUUCCUCCUCAUGUGGAUAAAACCAGGGAUAUUUGCACACCUCUAGCUCCUUCAGACUCUGAUGUAACACGGUGCCCCCUCCGCCUUCACUCUCCUCCGCUUUUCCCCUUCAUGACAGGGGAGCGCUAUAGCCACCCGCCUCACCAGCCGCUUGUAGGAGUGCUGUCCACUGACCUGGCCCUUCCCCCUUUGUUCUGGCCCAUCAUACAGCAGCAUAGCUCCGCCCUGGGGGUUCAUCCAUCAUCAGUUACUAAAAACUGUAGCCUCUCCCUUCAGACUGCAUGUUCCAGUAAAGCUGUGCCUCGCCCUCACCUGGGGCUGUAACUGUAGACCAGUACACCUUGGCCCCAGAUCUCUGCUCCUUGUGGACACAGAUACACCUCAAGCAGCCCUGUGUGGGAAAAGAUAAGGAAGAGAAGGACUUGUUCUUGUAAACCUGACUAAGGACAAAAUAUAAUCUUUAUUUAGAGAGCUUUAUUGAAUACCUACUUGUCUGCAGAGAUGUAAAGCUGUAAAGUCACAUGCAUCCAAGUCUAAUUUGGGUCUGCUUCAAUUAACACCUACAGGUUGGUUUUAGUUUGCCAGUGGUAUGAGUUUGCCUGAUGGAGGCUGUUGUUUCAUCCAUCACAAGCAGCAUAAAACACCACAUUUAAAGAUUUUGUUGUGUCCUUCAGCAUUAUUAAGCUAGCUUCACUGAGAAGUAGCUACACAGUAAUAAUGAUGGGAAAAGGAGUUAAGGGAAUUUCCUUAUUGUAACUACUGCCACAAAGAAAUGUGAAAUAAAGUUAUUUGUACCUGAA